AUGGGGCGCAUCCCGUUGGAGAAUCCCCGGGUGAUCUACGACCUGGGUUGCGGCAGCGGCAACGUGACACGAUUGCUCGCCGACCGCUGGCACGACGCCAACGUCAUUGGAAUGGACAAUUCCCCGGAGAUGCUGGCCCAGGCUGCGGCGUCCGGUGACGGCAUGGUACCGGGGCGGGUGCGGUGGGAAGAGGGAGAUCUCGCCGGCUGGCGUCCGGCACAAACCCCGUCGGUGUUCUUCUCCAACGCCGUUAUCCAGUGGGUACCCGACCAUCACGAGUUGGUGCCGCGCCUGUGGAAUACGUUGCCGCCGGGCGGUUGCCUGGCGAUCCAGGCUCCCCUGAGCUGGGACAUGCGGUCGCACCAGAUCAUGCGGGAAACCCUGGCAAACGGCGGCGCGGGCGGGCAACCUGUUGGCUCCGCCGAACUGCGCUCCGCAGUCGGCAACCGGUGGGUCCAGGAUCCCGACUUCUACUAUGAUCUGCUGGCUCCCGAAGCGGGACACCUGGAUGUCUGGACCACGGAAUACCAGCACGUACUGACCGGCGAUGACGCCGUGCUCGAAUGGGUCACCGGCACGGGGCUCCGCCCAAUCCUCAAUGGCCUCGAAGACGGGGAGCGGGAAUCCUACCUGGAAGAAUACCGGAGUCGGUUGAACCUUGAAUAUCCGAAACGGCCGGACGGAGUCACCCUGUAUCCAUUCCGGCGGCUGUUUUUCGUCGCCGUCCGCCGGUGA